AUGAAACCAUCUAAACUGCAAGAUCAUCUGAGAAGAUGCCAUCCUGAUAGAACAGAGAAAGAUUUAAAAUACUUUCAAACACUCACAGAUAAAUUUCAGAAGAGACCUACACUGGACAGAAUGUUCGCUUCGACGUCACAAAGAAAUGAUGAUGGUUUGCGGGCGUCUUACAAUAUCUCGUUACUUAUAGCAAAAUCCGGAAAACCGCAUACUAUCGGAGAUAAGUUAAUUUUGCCAGCUGUUGAAGAGGUUUUAAAAACUGUUUUACACAAACCUGCAUCUGAUAUCAUUAAAAGAAUUUCCUUAAGCAACAAUACUGUUGAAAGACGUAUUGAUGAAAUGAGUUCUGAUAUUGAAAACUUCUUAUGUAAUUAUUUGCAAACGACCCAUUUCUCUAUACAACUGGACGAGUCAAGUUUACCUGAUAAUGCAGCAUUAUUAUUGCCAUAUGUUCGUUUUAUUAUGAAUCAAGAAAUCUACGAAGAACUGCUCUUCGCAAGAACUUUGAUAACCGACACUAAAGUAACCGAAACUUGGUUGAAUGAUAAUAUUGGAUCUUCGGCUAUCCGUAUUCCCAAUUACAAUUUUAUACGUACGGACAGAAUCGGUAGAGGAGGAGGUGUCGGCUUCGCCCUUAAAGAACUCAUAAAAUCCAACUUUCUACGUACAAAUAUUUCUCCCCUUUUGGAAGAGCAAUGGAUCAGUUUCAGAUUUGAGGGCAAAACGUGCUAUAGGUUCUUGUCACUCCAGAAGGCUCUUUCGUUCAAGGAAUUGAGGGAAAUGAUGUAUGGAUACGAGUCACAUGAGAAUAAGAGAGUAAUAAAGAAAGAGCUGAAGCAAUCGCUGGCUUGGUCUCUGACAGAGGGGAUGGUGAGGAAGGUCGCUCUCUUUCGCUUGAAAAAUCUGCUGCUAACAGUGCCGGUCGUUUUCUGGGUCCACUACCGCGAGCCUUUCGCGCCCAUGACCGAUCUUCCCAUUUCCAUUGUUGAAGGAUCCAAGUCGUCUUCUGGAGAACGAAGGAGAUCCCGUGAUGGAGGUUUCAUCCUCAGACAUGCCGCUCCCGUUUGCAGACCUCCUUCCCUUUUUCAUUGGGAAUCCUCUCGUAUCGUAGAUCUGCAGGUCGAUACUGAAGUCUGA